AUGUCAACCUCAACCAUGUACUACUGCAUCUCGCGUCAUCAGAUUGUGCUCAAGCACGACGAAGACAAAGGCCCGGAUCGCCAUGCGACAAUCCUUGGAAGACUCGCAAGAAUGGGUUGCCAGGCCUCCACGGAGUAG